AUGGUGGAAGUACAGUCGCAGAGCGGGAGUCCCAAGCCAAUAGUCGUUAGGAGAUGCACGGAAGUGCCCAUGGCCAUGGGGUCACCAACGGCUUCGGAGAUGACGCGUCGCCGGCGCCGGCGUUCUCGUCUCAUGUCAAAUGCCUCGUCAGUGGUGUCGGCCGCAGCCGCCGGCAUCCCGGCCUCCGAAAAACAUAAGAUAUCCAACAACGAAGCGCUUAUGCACAUGGUAAAGGCCACCAUCGGCGGAGGUUUUCUGGCCAUGCCUGAGGCCUUUCACAACAUCGGUAUAGUAAUGGGCGUCGUGGGCACCUCAAUUCUAGGCCUUUCCGUGUUGAACAUGAUGUCGUGCAUUGUCCGGUGCUCGCAGACACUGAGGUCUGGCAAAUACGUUGACAUCAUCUUGGCCGAACAAAACGGUAAAAAAACCAUGGUCAAUGGAGAAAAUGAUGGUAACGAUGACAAUAAACAGCCGCCGAGACAUCGGGACAGCAAUGAGUUGGUUCUGCCACCAAUGGACUACCCCGAUACCGUAGCCGCUGUAUUCAAGUAUCGCGCCCAUGGACGAUUCGCCAGGUUCGAGUCAUUUGCCAGAAACUUUACAAGUGCCUCGCUGGUGGCAACCUAUUAUGGAGUGAACAUAAUUUACGUAUGCAUUAUAGCCAGCACGUGUAAACAGCUCGUCGAUCAGCAUACCGCUGAGUCGGUUGAGGGCUCGUUUGGCAAUUCGAUGCACGGGCUGUCCAUCCGCUGGUACCCGAUAAUAAUCUCAUGGAUAAUUGUCUGUGUGGGUAUGAUCAAGUUGAUGAAGUACUUGGUCCCGUUCUCGGUGGCCGCCAACGCGUGCAUGCUUGCAGGUACCGCUGCCGUGUUUUACUUCAUUUUAAUCGGCGACGACAGCCAGGACCCAAUCCCACCCGAGGAACAAGCCAAGCUGAUUGUAUGGCCGGCCACCCGCUGGACGUUGUUCGCCGGCAGCUCAUUGUGCUCUUUAGAAGGAGUUGGAAUGCUAUUGCAUAUAGAGAAUGCUAUGAGCAGGCCGCUGGAACUCGCCGGACCACCUGCUUACACGCUGCACCGGUCCAUGGUAGUCAUCGUCAUAAUGAACAGCGUACUGGGCCUAUUCGGAUACCUGAGAUACGGCGACAGGUGCGCGGGCAGCAUAUCGCUCAACCUGCCACAGAACAGCUAUCUGUCGGAAGUCAUCAAAGUGAUGAUCGCCCUGGGCAUCCUAUUGACGUAUGGACUACAGCUAACGGUGACCACGGACCUGGCGUGGCAGGGACUGCGUAGCAAACUCGUUAAGUCCACGGGUGGAUCUGAUAGUGAUGAUGCAGCGAAGGACGACGAUUCUUCUCCAAAAAUGAUAGCCUGCUACUACGGCAUGCGGUUGAUUCUGAUAUUCGGCACCAUAAUGGUGGCCGUUGCCGUGCCAGACAUCGGGCCACUCGUAUCGCUCGUGGGCUCCGUCGGGUUCUCUCUGCUGGGCCUGGUCGUGCCGGUUAUCAUGGAAACGGUGUGGUUCUGGUCUGAAGAAGACGAAGACGGUCAAGACUUCUGGGACGGGACGGUGACGGCUUCAGCGGCGACGGUGACAACCUCGGUGACGGACGCUGGGUCGACCGUGGCAGUGGACGGCAGGUCGGCCACAACGGUGUCUGCUGCAGAGGGUGACGGUGAACGUAGGCUGUCUAGUCGCGGCGGCCGAUGUCGCCGGGUCAUACGGCACUUGAAGAACCUGGUCCUCCUUCUGCUCGGAUUGAUAGCGUUGGUUGGCGGCGCAUUCUACAACAUCCGAGACAUCUUGUCUCCACCAACUACCACCUGA